CUCUACUCGGUUUGCCCCGCUCGCUGGCAAAACGCAAUGGCGUCUUCCAAGAGCAAAUCCAACGCUCCCGUUCUUCCUCUCAGCUGUUUUACCCUUCAGCGUUCUCUUUCCCCUACCCGCUAUUUCUCUUCAGCUUCUAAUUCUUCCCCUUUCAACUUUUCCGUUGGCAGAUCUCUUUCUCCAAAUCGUUACACUUAUCCUUCAUCUGUGAAUUUCGAUUUAGCCAGAUCCCGGUCGCCGAAGAGAAAUUUGCAGGCCCGUUCACCAGUCCGUUCUGUUCCGCCCAAGGCCGGGCAGAGAGCGGCCGUUCCGUCUGGUGCAGCGAGGAAGACGUGCCUGUGCUCGCCUAGCAAUCAUCCAGGCGCGUUCCGUUGCAGAUUCCAUAGGAAUUGCCCCCCUUCCUCUUCCUGUUCCUCUGCAUCUUCGAAUUCUCAACUGAAUAUGCGCAGAUCGGCCAUGAAGAACUCGCUUGUGAGGAUCGGCAGCGUUGAAGGAGGCGACUGGAUGAAGAGAGCCCUCACUGCGCUCAUCCGCCCUUCAUCUCACCAGGUGCGAAGGAGACAAUCUUUCCAGCCGCAGCCUAGUAGAUUGCGCCAUAUGACCAGAGCUGAAGACAUUUCUUGAAGGCCGUUGCGUUUCCUUAUCUACAAACCCUACGUUUUGGCCGGCUGCUGAGGAAUGCGCCGUUAGCGGCUGGGCCCUAGGUACAUGCCUGGAGACCAGAGCGCGUAAUAUUUUCUGUUUGCUGAGGAUUUGCUCAUAUUGUUCCCGGAUACGAGUCUCAUGUGGUUCCUUCCCAUACGACCGACUGAUGCAACGUUUAAUUCCUAUUUUCUGAGAAACUAAAACCCCCUAUAAACACGGCUUGUAAAAUGUACAUAAUAUUCACUCUCAAUUUCCAUUUCUUCUUUUUUGCUUGGCGGCCAA